AUGACCAGCUUAGCUACCCAGACAAACAUCACUACCGACAUAUUUGCCCUUCUUUCCCUUAAAUCCUAUAUCACGUUGGAUCCAUACAAUUCCUUAGCUGAUUGGUCAGUCUCUUCUUUUCCUUGCAGUUGGGUAGGUGUCACCUGCAAUACUCAUCAUGGAAGGGUUCAAUCGUUGAAUCUUGGUGGCAUGGAUCUUAAGGGCACCAUAUCUCCACAAUUGGGAAAUCUCUCAUUCCUUGUUGAACUUGAUCUCAGUGAAAACAACUUUCGUGGUUAUAUCCCUCAAGAGUUAGUUCAGUUACGUCGAUUGAGACUACUCAACUUGAGCUAUAAUGACUUUUAUGGACAAGUUCCAACAUGGAUAGGGGGUUUAUCUAUGCUUGAACACUUAAGUUUUCAAAAUAACAGUUUCAAUGGAUUUAUUCCAUCAUCUUUGAUCAAUCUAUCGAGGUUGGAGACCUUAGAUUGGAAUUCUAAUAUCAUUGAAGGUACCAUUCCACCGAAGAUAGGAAGUCUAAAGCACUUGAAGAAGUUACAACUUUCAAGGAACAAGCUUUCAGGAGAAAUUCCCCAAACAAUUUCUAACUUGUCUUCACUUGAACUGCUAUGGUUGUCUUAUAAUAGUUUGUCAGGAACUUAUAAUAUACGUGCUGCCUCCUCCUCAAUACGGCUGAACCGUUUCUCCGUGGCACACCUGGUCUUCCACGCGUCUAAAGUUAAUUCUCCAUGUAACAGCUGGUUACCAUGCGGCUAA